AAAAUGUCACUGUUAAACCAGUGAUUCUUGAGAAUAGGGACAAAACAGGUCCCAUGGAUAAAGUACAAAAUUUGAAUAAAAUAUACACCAAAUAUAUAUUUUUUAAAUAUCUGACUAAACUAACCUGGGUCAUCUGAGCACAACAAUGUAUGUUUUCCUGGUGUUUGCUGAAUAUUUUUUUAUUUUAAACAUUGUAGUAGGUGAAUGGUGUCUGUAAAAGCCCUUGUCCUGGUGUAGAACUCAAUACAUUAUCAUAGUUUAAAAGAACUAAAAUAAUUAUAUUUAGUUGUCAUAAUAUAUUAUUUUAGAAGAAUUCAAACAACUAACUUCAUAACUAUCAAUGAAUGCAAUUAAAAGUCAUUUAAUGUAUUUUCAAAUUCAAUUGAAAUUGUGUCCUCAGUUUUUGUCAACACCGUCAGACAUAGAAAGAAUGUGAAAAAAAUCAGGCAUUAUUGAAGGGCACCAGAAAUUCUGAGGACCCCAUGACCACUUCCUUUCUCUUCCUGUGCUUGGGGGGAUAAGCAGCUCUGGCUACAAUGGCCAGAGAAAAGCUGUCAGUGGAGGAGCGCAAGAGAAGGAACAGGGAGUAUCAGAAAAGAAGGAGAGAAAAAAUAAAUAGCCAGCCUGAGCUGAAGGAAGAGUUUUUAAGAAAGGAAAGGAAAAGAUGGAGACAGAGAGUGGAAGAGGGAAAAAUAAAACAUAUCAAUAAUCUGGGUGAAAGAGAUAAGAGACGUAAGAGAAGACUUUGGAAGCAAAAACAAAAGGAGGCAAGAGAACGCAGAAACAGAGCAAAGGAAGGCCAGAAAAGUGUAGAUACCCCACCGCAGAGUCCUGUAGAUUUAAAUUUUGAAGAACCAAGGAGCACUAGGCAGCGGGCAGCAGGGGAAAGGGAAAGAUCUAAAAUGAGGAAAAGGCAUUCAAGACAGGUCAAAGAACUAAAAGACAAAAUUCACAAGUUAUCAAAAGAGAGAAGCACUCUAAAAAAGCGACUUGUACGCAUAAAAGAAAAAAACAGACGUAAAAAGAAAAAAACAAAAGACUCACCUCAGACUAAGACCAAAAAGAUGCUUCAAGGGAGCAAACUAAGGAAUCCAUUAAUCAAAAGAUCAUUAGUUUUCCACCAUGCCUUGACUGCAGAGUUGAAAAGCAAUGCCCAUCAUAUUCCAGGCAUGUUCUACACUGGGCAACAAAAAGCAGGAUUCUGCACAAUCUCGGAGUCAAAGCGUCAGGAUGCUGCAGCCAUAUGGACCUAUAUGGAUCAAAUCCUCACAGAUAUUCACAUCAGAUAUCCGGCUAUAAACACUAUCCACUUUUGGUCUGAUGGUCCAAGCAAACAAUAUAAAAAUAAGAAGAACUUCUUUCUCCUCUGUGUUGUCCCGCAACGUCUGGGAUUUGAGAAAGCUACAUGGAAUUUCUUCCCAACAUCACAUGGCAAAGGCGCUCCAGAUGGCAUUGGGGCGACGGUGAAGAGAUGUGCUGACAGUAUUGUGCUGAGAGGUCAGGAUAUCAUAGAUGGCAAAUUAUUCUUUGACAAGGUGUCCAACAGCUUAAGUGGUGUCAAGCUGCAAUUUGUGACAAAUGAAGAUUUUCAGUCUUAUGACUCUCUCCUCCUGCAAACCCUGAAAUCAAUUCCAGGAACAAGAAACAUUCACCAAGUGCUAGCUCAGGGGAAUGUCAUCCAUUGUAGGUUCCUUUCAUGUUUUUGCGGAGAGCCACAGAUUUGCAAGUGCUUCAGUCCCACCAUUCACUCUUUUGGCAACACAACACAGGACCCAGAUGUCCAUGAAAGUUCAACCACUGCUAAAGUUCAAAAUCCUCUGGAAAUGCUGAUGGAGGAAAUGGAGAAGGAGCCGAGCAAGACACCUAAAGGAACAACAACCCUGAUAGAUCCUUGUGAUGUCCAAAGUGAAGACUGGCUUGUUGUGAUGUAUGAUGGAAAAUGGUGGCUGGCUAAAGCCUUACAAAUUGACAAAGAGCACGAAGAUGUACAAGUGGAAUUUUUUCAUCCUCAUGGACCAACUCUUAGCUUCAAGCAAAAACAAGGUCGUCGGGAUAUCUGCUUUGUGCCAUUUUCGGAUGUCCUAGUUAGGCUGAGAAAACCAUCCUCACCAGUCCGCACAAGCAGCACCAGGGGUGUAUACCGCAUUUCACCAGCUGUUAUGGAUUUUAUUGAAGGAGAAUAUGUGACACGUCUAUUGCCUGGGGAUUAAAUAUUCUGACUUUUAAGCGAUUUAGAAAGAUAUGAAUUAGUUCACAAUAUAUUUCAAAAAGUUCUGUCGUGUAUAUUUUUGUUUGUAUUCAUCUUUUACAUUUUGAUUGAAAAUCGUCCUGGUUGAUGACUUCAGUGACAAAGGUACAUUCUCAAAAAUUUAGAUGUUCCUUGAAAUCUAAAUAUGGUUAUUUCACAUUUUUUCUUCAUAUCUUCACAUUCUACAACAUUUCAGCAUUUAAUUCUUCUUAAAUGUCAUUUCAAGUUCAGUGUUUUCUUUUUACUUACUAGUUUGUCACCACCAUCAGUUUUGUGUCAACACCGUCAUGUGCCGUCAACUCUGUCAGAUGUAGUUUAUGUUGCAUUUUGUUUAAAAUAAUAUUUAUUUUGUUUCUUGAUAGGCAUUUGUUUGUGAAAUGUCUGAAUUCAUGUAUUUGGUGCAUAUGUGUUUUUUACUAAUAAAUGACACUGUUCAUUGUGGUGAUUACUUUCAAAAUUGUUUUUUGUAUCAAUUGAACUGGAGUAAUUAAAUACAGACUAAAUAAAUGUUUAAAUUGUGGUAUGAUUAAUUUAAAAAACAUGGACAUAAUUAAAAUAAUUAAGACACCACAGAGAGUAAAAAUAUCAGUCAUAAGUUCAUUAAAAAAUAAUUUUAUACCAAUUUAUUUUUGUCUGAUGGUGUU